AUGUUAACAGCAAAAGGUGGUGUUGGACUAGUUGAGGCCCUUGCAAAAGACUACCUAUCUUUCCGGGGCAAUCUAGGCUCUAUAGAAUGGGUGUGCAACCAUUCUCGAAAUACUCAACUCGCUCUUUUAAGCGGUUUCGUCGAUAUCGCCCUUACAUAUGAGCGCGAGCAGGAGGAGAUUGCUGUUUCUGAGAAAUGGGCCGAAAGUGCAGGUUGUGUUUUCCACGACCACUUCUGCUUGGUAGGACCUAAAAAUGACCCGGCCAACGUAGCUCAGGCCAAGUCUGUCGAAGAAGCUUUUGACAAAAUUGCCGCAUCGCAUUCGUUGUUCUAUAGUAGAUCUGACGGCUCCGCAACUAUGAGCAAGGAACGCGAUAUUUGGCGCCGGUGUCAUCGGACUCCUUGGAACGAGAGAUCAGAGUGGUAUAUUCAAACCAAGGACAACCCGGCCGAUGCGGUAAGAAAUGCCGCGGCUUCAGGAGCUUAUCUGCUUAAUGACCGGUCGACGCUUCUGAAGCAGGUUAGUCUUGGAACUGUUACCAACGUCACGGUAUUUUUUGAGCCAACGGAUCCUUUCCACCCACUCAUGAAUUCGUGUUACGCCCUGCACUCUCCACUUUCUAUCUCAUCUUCGAAGGAGAUCGCCAAGUUCAUUGAGUAUCUGAAAUCCGACCGUGGGCAAGACUUGAUUGCGAGUUUUGGAGCAAAUGAGGUCGGGGUCCCGCUCUUUGCACCUGUCAAACAAGGCUUCGCAGCAACAAGGUUAACUGGUGGGACUGUCAUCAAUGGUCGGUGGGUCUCAGAUAGCCAGCGACUGGUGAAGCUUUAG